CAGCAAACAACAACUAACCCACUUACUAUACCACCCCCAGAACACCCACCCACACUACAAUAUAGUAUAGCAAAAUUCAAUAGAUGGGCAACUAUUUUCCCUACCACUAACAUAUCUACAUCUUACAUUGCUACUAUAAAUCUAGAUGAGCUGUAG